UGAUGACAACACAGAAGCUCUUCCUCACCACUUUGAUUCUCUCACUCCUCCAUUCUACAAAUGCAAACUGCAGUCUUUCUGGGUGUGGUGAUAUUGGCAAUAUCACCUUCCCUUUCCACCUCAAGAGCCACUGCGGCUAUCCCCAACAUGAACUAAUCUGUGAAAACAAUAGCACAUUCAUCUAUCUAAACUCUAUCAAAUACCAUGUCAAGGCAAUCAACUACCAAAACUCCACAAUCAGACUGGUUGAUGCUUCCAUAAACAAUGAUACAACCUGCCCUUUCCCUAACACUUCCUCUGAUUUCACCCGCUCUUCUUCUCCAUACUAUUAUUCCAACUUAUCUGAAGAUUUGUCAGUUAACUUCAUUAGCUGCCCAUAUCCAUUGAACAAUUCUUCCAUCUUUACAGAUAUAACUCAGACUGUGCCUCUAAUUUAUCACACUCCACCUUUAGAUAUGUAAAGGUUGGGAGCAUCGAGGCCUUAGAGGUACCACAUAUGUGUACAUUAGGUCAAACAGUCUUGACAUCGUGGCGGGAAUUGGUGCAUGAGAAGAUUGCUUCCCUCUCAGAAAUCCACCAGGCUCUCUUGUAUGGUUUUGAACUCAACUUCUGUUAUAGUAAUUGCAGUGAAAAACCAACAAAAUUGGAGCAACUCAGGUAUCGCUUAUCAACACAACCUUAUGACUAUCUCCUUAUUCCUUUGGCCAUUAUAGUUUUCAUAAUUGCAGGGGUAAGCCUUCCUGUGACGGUCAUCAUCGCAAUUACUGGUCUAUUACUACUCUCAUUUACAUCCCUUUGGGAAGAGCUACAAUACAACGACUACUAUCAAACUCUGCUGCUGCAGGGAGCAUAUCAUCAAUUUGUGUUCAUUGCAUUUGUCGCGACUUGUGUGGCAAUUACAGUUUGUUUAACCGCAGCACUAAACCCUCUUCUUAUAAUAACCAUCGGAGCUGGAGUUGGAUUAGCACUCUACUUUAUUAUUACCUUCAACUGGGGCGUGUAUAUGGUGAAUGACCUUAUGUACAUCACGUUACCUGCCAUUAUCACUGGAAUGAUCAUCUGGGCACCAAAGAUAAUAAUUUGUCCUUUGGUAGUAUGCUUUUUGAUCUACAAGUUCCAGAGAAGGCGCUUGUCCUCUUUUGAGGAAAUAGAGUCAUUCCUACAAAGUGAAAAUAAGCUCGCUCCGAUCAGGUAUACGUACUUGGAUUUAAAGAAGAUGACUAAGAAUUUUAAAGAUAAACUAGGCCAAGGAGGCUACGGUUCUGUUUACAAGGGAAAGCUCCGAAGUGGCCAUCUUGUAGCAAUCAAGUUGCUCGAAAAAUCUAGAGAAAACGGGCAAGACUUCAUGAAUGAAAUAGCAACUAUUGGAAGGAUCCAUCAUGUGAACAUUGUCCAGCUUGUUGGCUAUUGUGCUGAAAGAUCCAAGCGUGCCCUCAUUUUUGAUUUCAUGCCAAAUGGGUCGCUUGACAAGUACAUCUUCAACCAAGAAAGAGCCUCUUCAUUAGAUUGGGAUAUGAAAUUUAAGAUUGCAGUUCAAGUGGCCCAGGGGAUUGAGUAUUUGCACCAUGGUUAUGAUAUCCAGAUCUUGCAUUUUGACAUUAAACCUCACAACAUACUUCUUGAUGAUAAGUUUAUCCCAAAAAUAUCAGAUUUUGGAUUGGCGAAAUUAUGCUGCACAAACAAGGAGGCAGUGUGAUAAGGGUCUCACGUCCCUAAACCCGAUCGACGGCUGAUUUGGCUCGACGAGCGGUACUUCUUCCGGCGUCCUGUAGCAGGAUCGGCGGCUUCUUCCAGCGGCGGCUGUGCGCGGUUCCUCCGUCGGGCAGCGGCGAGCUAGGCAGGAUAAUAUGCACGAGACUUUUGUGGGCAAAUAGUUUAAGUUUUUAUUGAUAAUUGAAUUAAUGAACAUAGCCCUAUUUAUAGACUAAGGACCCUAGGGUUGGUUCGACUCCUAAUCCUAACGUAUCUCGGGAAAGAACCAACAAAGAAAACCCGAAAUAAAUAAUUAACAAAAAUAAACUAAUUACCAAAAAAUAAGAAAUAAAUAAAAGGAAAUAAAAUAAAAAAUGACGCUACUUUGGGACGUAGUCUCCGAACAAGUCUGGUGGUCGUCGGUUCCUCCGUCCCUUGGUCGUCGCGAUUGACGGAGGCACGUUCCUCUCCACCGGCGCUUCCGCCUCUCGUGUUGUCUCUUCAUCCGGUGCUUGGGGCUCUAGUGCAGGGUCCGUAUCAACCCCCCCCCCUCCAUAGCAACCUCCUUGUCCUCAAGGAGUACGUUAGGGAAUCUGCGCUGCACUAACUCGAGCGGUCCCAGGAUGGCGACGCGGUGCCAUCGGACCAACGUACCAACACAUGUUCCAUAGGUCUAUCCUCGUGCCACAACACGCGCCUAUCCAAU